AGGAGGAAGUUUGCACAGAGAAAUUGAGUCAGAAUUGACGAAGUAUCAGUCGGACUUAUAACAUUUCUUUUGCGCUCGUCCCAAACGGAGACAUGGAGGUUACCUGUGGCAUCCGUGUGGCCAGAUCUCGCCUGUUUCCAGCAGGACUUGUUGUCGUAGCGCUGAUCUCUGCUUUCACGGUGGCUAGAGCAGAUUACGUCGACUUUUUUGACUGCUCCGACGGGAAAUGGCUGGAUUAUGAGCAUUCUGAGCACCAGGACAUGUCAGUAUUCAACAAUGUCAGCAUUGACGAAUGUGCCCAGAAGUGCGUGGAGGGGACAGCUGACGGUCUCCGGGAGGGGGAGUGUUUGUCAUUUAACUACGACAAGCUAGACGGCAACUGUACCCUAAUAGCAGCCAAUAGAGCAACCUUAAACACCAACCUUAACACUGACCGUGACUACGAGUACUGUGAGAUGAAAGACAUCCUCAGCUUCUUCACUGCCCAUCCCGGCUACAGGCAAGCCGGACACGACGACGCCACUGUGAGACCACCCACAGUAACUCCCAGGACUUGUGCCUUACGGUGUUUGCGGGGAGCCGAGGUCUGUCUGUCGUUUGACAUCGGGUCUACCCGGCCGGACAAUUGCCUGCUAAGUACAGACACUCCGGAAACAACGGGACUACCACUAACUUACAACCCCGGAUUUAACUACUAUCAGAGGAUCAUCGAAGGAACCUGUUUCAACUAUCCCUGUGUCCACGGCUACUGUGCGAGCAAGGAUAAUAGAAUCACCUGCGUUUGUGACGCCGGCUUCGGAGGAGACACCUGCGACACAGCCUGCACUGCUGGAACUUUUGGGUCCGGGUGCACGGAGACCUGCCACUGUGCGAACAGCAUUUCCGUGUGUGAUAUCCAUACAGGAGAGUGUUCUACUGGUGGAUGUACCAUAGGAUGGUCCGGACCCAACUGUCAGACAGCCUGCCCGUCCGGACAGUUCGGACUCAACUGUAACAACACCUGCCACUGUGCGAGCGGAGGUUCCGUGUGUGACACCGAGACUGGGAACUGCAGCAGCGGCGGCUGUGUCACGGGGUGGGAGGGCAGCAACUGUCAGACAGCCUGCCCGGCCGGACAAUUCGGAGCCAAUUGUACCGGUACCUGCCACUGUGCGAGCGGAGGUUCCGUGUGUGACACCGAGACCGGAAACUGCAGUAGCGGCGGCUGUGUCACGGGGUGGGAAGGGAGCAACUGUCAGAUAGCCUGCCCGGCCGGACAAUUCGGAGCCAAUUGUACCGGCACCUGCCACUGUGCGAGCGGAGGUUCCGUGUGUGACACCGAGACUGGGAACUGCAGUAGCGGCGGCUGUGUCACGGGGUGGGAGGGGAGCAACUGUCAGAUAGCCUGCCCGGCCGGACAGUUCGGACUCAACUGUACCGGUACCUGUCACUGUGCAAGUGGAGACUCUGUAUGUGACACCGAGACUGGGAACUGCAGCAGCGGCGGCUGUAUUGCAGGGUGGGAGGGGAGCAACUGUCAGACAGCCUGCCAGGCCGGACAGUUCGGACUCGGCUGUAACGGCACCUGCCACUGUGCGAGCGGAGACUCUGUAUGUGACACCGAGACUGGGAACUGCAGCAGCGGCGGCUGUAUCUCAGGGUGGGAGGGGAGCAACUGUCAGACAGUUUGUUCUCCUGGAACGUUUGGGCCCGGGUGCACGGAGACGUGCCACUGUGCGAACAGCACGUCCGUGUGUGAUGUACAGAACGGGGUAUGUUCAACUGGUGGAUGUACCCCAGGAUGGUCCGGACCGAACUGUCAGACAGCCUGCCCAUCCGGACAGUUCGGACUCGGCUGUAACGGUACCUGCCACUGUGCGAGCGGAGGUUCCGUGUGCGACACCGAGACUGGGAACUGCAGUAGUGGCGGCUGUAGCGCUGGGUGGGAGGGGAGCAACUGUCAAACAGACGUGGACGAGUGCAGUACCAACACCAGCGGCUGCCACAGUAAUGCCACAUGUGCGAACACGGAAGGAUCCUACACAUGCACCUGUAAUUCUGACUAUCAGGGGGAUGGCGUGUCGUGUACAGCAGAAGAUCCGGAAGCUGCCGCUGGUUUGAACAUGCGGGACACUGUGAUCAUCGCGACUGCAGCCUUCAGUGUUCUUGUCGUCAUUGCUGCUGUCCUAUGCGUAACGUGGUGA